AUGGAGCAGGACUCAGAUUCCUGUGAGGACAUAAUGACUGUCACAGCUCUGACACAGACUGCAGUAGAAGUGAACCAGAUCAAAGAAUCAGACAGAAAGAAACGAGAGCAGCUGUUUGCAGGCAUGAUGAUUGUUGACAGCCUGGUCAAGUUUCAAGUUGACUGUGGAGCAACAUGCAACGUUAUUCCCAUCAACAUGUUGAACCAGAAUGUCAAAAUGGAGCACACAGACAAGGUUCUUGUGAUGUACAAUAAGUCAAGGCUGUGCCCAUUAGGAAAGUGUAAGGUCAAGCUGACAAACCCAAGAAACAACAAAAAGUACAGAGUCGAGUUCCAAGUGGUAGAGGAGGAUUGUAAAACGCCUCUACUUGGGAGAACAGCUAGUGAAGCGAUGAAGCUAAUACAAGUUAAGUAUGAUAACAUCUGGGCGUUGGACGGCUCAGUGACAACAGCUCCAUCAGAGAAAAACACAUGGUUGUUGGAAGAGAUAAAGACUGAGUUUCAGGAUGUGUUUACAGGAGAUGGAUGUUUACAAGGGGAAUACAAGCUGGAAAUCGACACAACAGUGCAGCCCGUCAAACUGCCAAAACGAAGAGUCCCAGUGUCGAUGAUGAAACCACUGAAAGAGGAACUGAGGAGUCUUGCAGACAGACAAAUAAUUGCACCAGUGGAAUGCAGUACUGAGUGGAUCAGCGGGAUGGUGACAGUGCAGAAACCAAAUGGCAAACCCAGGAUAUGUAUUGACCCGAGACCGCUCAAUAAAGCUCUGAAGCGUAGUCAUUUCCCAUUACCAACAAUAGAUGACAUCUUGCCAGAUGUGUCAAAAGCGAAAGUUUUCACAGUGUGUGACGUGAAACAUGGCUUUUGGCAUGUAAAGCUUACAGAAGAGUCAAGCCAUCUCACGACAUUCGCAACACCAUUUGGUCGCUUUCGGUGGCUGAGAAUGCCGAUGGGGAUCAGCCCAGCGCCGGAGGUCUUUCAGCGCAAACUGAUGCAAGCGUUAGAGAACCUGCCAGGCACAUACAUCAUUGCGGAUGACAUCCUGAUCACUGGAAAGGGGGAGACAAUGGAACUGGCAGAAAUGGAUUAUGACAGAAACCUGAGACUUUUCCUGGAAUGCUGCAGAGAGAGGAACAUCAAAUUGAAUGUGGAAAAGCUGAAGCUUAGAAGACAGGAAGUACCAUACAUCGGGCAUCUACUCACAGCCGAGGGCCUGAGAGCAGACCCAGAGAAGGUACGGGCCAUCACAGAGAUGCCAGCACCAACUGACAUAAAAGGGGUGCAGAGACUAGUUGGAAUGAUCAACUAUCUAUCCAAGUUCUACAAGCAUCUGUCAGACGACUGUGAGCCUCUCAGACAACUGACGCACAGAGACAGCCUAUGGGAGUGGACAGACGUGCAGGAGGAAGCAUUUAAAAGACGAAAAGAAAAACUAACACAAGUCCCAGUUCUGAAAUAUUACAGCCCUGAAGAAGAGCUAACGCUGCAGUGUGAUGCCAGCGAGAUGGGGCUGGGAGCAGCCCUGACUCAACAGGGAAAACCAGUGGCAUUUGCAAGUCGUGCACUGACGCUCACUGAGAGAGGCUAUGCACAAAUUGAGAAGGAAUGUUUGGCUAUUGUGUUUGGGAUGGAGAAAUUCCACCAAUAUACAUAUGGUCGCCUUGUGAGUGUGCAAUCAGACCACAAGCCACUCGAGAGCAUUAUUAAAAAGCCACUGUUACAUGCACCUAAGAGACUGCAAAGGAUGUUAUUGAGGCUGCAAAAAUAUGAUAUAACCAUAACAUAUGUUCCAGGCCGCGAGAUGCUACUCGCUGAUACGCUGAGUAGAGCCUACCUGCAGGACAGCAUCAAAAGCCAGACAGAGUUGGAGACAGAAUGUGUCAACAUGGUGGAUUAUGUUCCUGUUUCAACAGAAAGCAUGGACAGAAUACGGGCAGGGACAAGAACUGACAGCACAUUACAAACGCUAAUAAAGACAAUACAAAAGGGGUGGCCGGUCUGUAAAAAAGAGGUACCUGUGGGAAUAACCCAGUUCCAAUCGUUGCAGGAUGAACUGAGCACACAGGAUGGAUUGGUCUUCAAGGGAGAGAGAGUGGUGAUUCCACAAGCACUCCAGGCAGAUAUAACACAGCAAAUUCACUCAACACACAUCGGAACAGAAGGGUGCCUCAGGAGAGCUAGAGACUGCGUCUACUGUCACGGUAUGAAUGACCACAUCAAAAAGUACAUAGCUACAUGUGACAUAUGUCAGUCUGUGGAUGCAAGACAACAGAAAGAGACACUAAAGCCACACGAGCCGACUACCAGACCAUGGACCAAAGUUGGGACAGAUUUAUUCAGCUUUGAGGAUAGGGACUACCUAAUAACAGUUGAUUAUUACUCCAACUUUUGGGAGAUAGAUUAUCUACCAGAUACCAAGUCGAGUACUGUGAUUAGGAAACUAAAGGCUCAUUUCGCACAUCAGGGAAUCCCAAAUAUUGUGUUUUCUGACAACGGGCCCCAGUACAUCUCGACAGAGUUUGCCAACUUCAGCCGGAAAUGGGAAUUUCAACACCAUACCUCAUCCCCGGGCUAUCCGCAGAGUAAUGGCAAAGCGGAGUCUGCGGUUUAA